AUGGGUAAUGUUGGCGGAGAGUUCGUUCUUGAUCAAUGUAAGAAGGGGAAUUCUUUUUUUGUUGAAGACGAUAUCAGAUAUGAGGAUUUUGUCCGCAUGGUUUGUGGAGAUUACAAUAUUAGUGAGAUGAAUGCGGUCGAGUUCUCUUAUAUGUUGCCUAAACGUAUGAUGGAGCAAAUGGCUAGCAAUACCUUUCCGAUUUCCUUGAGCAGCCACAGACAACUAGCAAGCUUCAUCACAUUGCUCAAGACGGACAUUAUGUGUAUUUAUGUCUCAGUGACUGCAAACAAAGGUCAUCGUGAUGUGAAUAGAAAUCAAAAGCCUGCUGUCGGAGAGAAUGCUGCUGCGGAUUUUGGUAGUUUUGGAAAUUUUCAUUACGAGAAGCCAUCACAGGAGACUAUGAAGCCAUCCCAGGAGACUGUGAAGCCAUCACUUGGGACAAUGAAGCCAACACAGCUGCGGAAGAGUGAAACCAUUAAGAGUGGUGACGUAUUCAGUGGCAAGAAGGAACUAAUAAUGAAACUACGCAAGAUUUCAGUGAUCGAUAGGUUUGAUUUCAUCAUCAAAAAGUCAUGGAAGCGCUUAUUUUACGCAAAGUGCUUCGUUCCUGGAUGUUCCUGGAAGAUACGUGCUUCUGCUAUGUCGAUAUCAUCUCCAGAAUUCCUCGUUCGUAAAUACACUGAUUUUCAUACAUGCUCUGCGGCUGUUAGGUAUUCUCGUAACAGACAAGCAAAUGCGAAAUGUAUUGGCGAGAUGUAUGUUGAGGGAUUUAGUGGUGGUAGUGAUCUUAGAGGAAUCCGACCUAAACAUAUAAUGGGCUGUAUGAGGGCAGUUUAUGAAAUUGAAAUCGGUUAUACGAAGGCUCAUGGCGCAUUGGCAUAUGCACGGGAUAUGGUUAGAGGCACUCAUGCCAGUGGCUAUCAGGACUUGCCGACGUAUCUAUACAGAAUAAAGGAGGCCAAUCCAGGUACAAUAACAGAGCUUGAACUUGAUACGGAAAACAGGUUUAAGUAUUUGUUCAUUGCUUUUAGCGCAUGUAUCAAAGGCUUUCCGUUCAUGAGGAGGGUUAUUGUAAUAAAUGGAGCACAUCUAAGUGGUAAGUUCAGAGGUGUUAUGUUAGUGGCUUCAUGUCAAGAUGGAGAUAGGGGUAUAUAUCCUAUAGCUUUUGGGAUUGUUAAUGGAGAGGAUGCAUCUGCAUGGGAAUGGUUUUUUACUCAGCUGCGUCAUGUGGUGGGUGAUGGUCGAAAUUUGGCUUUCGUCUCUGACCGAUGCCCAGCAAUAGCCAAGUCUCUUACGAAUGUUUUUCCGGAAGCUCAUAGGGCAUAUGCUUUUAUCACCUUGGACAAAACAUGA